AUGUCCAAACCGAAGACAAUGGGUUUAUUUCGACCUUGGAAUGAUCUGGAAACAACAAACGAAGCUUCCGAAAUCGAUAUCACGAUUGACAACGCACUCCACAAUACGCCAUGCAGCAGGCAGGAAGACGACGAACAAGUUGUGUCCUCAACGACAUCGACAACUUUGACGAAUACUAUCGAAAUGUCUGAUGACUGUGAUGGCAAUUUGUUGGAUCAAGAAACGGCGACUUCAACAUCGUUGACCGGUUUUCAUCGAAUAAGAGGAAGCAAAUCCUUCGGUAAAGUAGCAACCAGAACUACGCCAUCCCUCGAAGACGAAGAUGCCUCCGCUGGCAUCGUGCAAAGUGCGAAGGACAACUCACGUGUCUUCCAUCCACAACAACCGCUGGAUUCAAUUACUCCGAUGUCGCGCUCGAUUUCUACUCGAGAUUCGGACAAGUUCAACGCUUCUAGUGAUGUUAUUUCGCCGAACUAUUUCUCGACGCUAAGAGAACUUCGACCAUCGGAGGAUUUUACUUCGAUUAUCGGAACUUAUUCGAUGACCGCAAAUUCAGGACCAUGGACUGGGAGCUCAGAAUCACGCCUUCCCGAUGUCCCCAGGAUACAUCCCGGUGUCUAUCCAGUGAUACAUUCCGGAUUUCAGUCUGGGAUCUAUCCUGGAAUCUUUCCUCUAAAUCUUUAUAAUCAUUCCGUGGAAGAGGCGGUGCAAAUUGUGCAUCGGCAGGAUGUUGUUGCUAAAGAGAUGAAAAAAAUGCGCCCAAAGAAACACAACUGUCCACAUUGCAGUAUGGCAUUUAGUAACGGCGGCCAGCUUACCGGACAUAUUCGCAUACACACUGGUGAAAGACCGUUCAAGUGUGACGUUGAGUCCUGCGGGAAACGGUUCACUAGAAAUGAGGAAUUGACGCGACACAAACGAAUUCACACUGGCGUUCGGCCUUACUCUUGUGUCUUUUGCAAGAAGCGAUUUGGACGCAAAGAUCACCUCAAGAAGCAUAUGAGGACUCAUGAGGUACGCGACUCGUAUCGUGUUUCCACAGCGGCAUUAGACAUGAUCGCUUCUCUAAGUUAUCCAUUUCAACAAUCCACCGAACUUUCGCCGUAUCUUUAUCAGAUCUGA